AUGUCAUCAGAUAUCCUGACACAACUGCAAACAUGCUAUGAUCAGCUAUUGAUACAGUUCUUUUCCACCAUCAGCUACCAUCAUCGCCGACAUCCGUUGAUUGCUCCAGAUGAGAUUCCUGGUGAUGCCUACAGCAUCCCUCCCAAAGAUGCAAAGCUUGCGGAUGGACAUUCUGGCAGACACAAGUACGUAACUUACAAAUUGGGUCCCGAGGAUUCCGAUCCCGACAAUAUGGAUCUUCAGCCCAAAUCUCCCAAUGAGUUCGAUCAAGCACAACAGGACCUGGCCGAAGACUUGGUCAGGAAAGGUCAACAAAUCGAAUAUCUCAUCCGGCGGCUGCCUGGAAUUGGUACAGGAGAACAGGAGCAGAACGAGGAGAUUCAGCGCUUGGCCGAAGAGGUGAGAAAUGUGGAGAGGCAGCGGAGAGAGAAGCGGAAAGAAAUGCGCGAAUGCUUGAAGCAACUGGAUAAUGUGGUGAUGGGCAUGUCCAGAAGCGUCAAUGUACCACCAGAUGGCCGAUCAGACGAUGCUUCUUAA